AUGGGAAGUGGGAUGCAUGUUAGAAUUAAGUUCAUGCACACCCCUCACCAGUUCCUGUUACUGAGCAGCCCCCCUGCUAAAGAACAGGCCUUCCGAGAAGCCAAGAGACAACACGGCAGUCUGUUCGCAUUCCAUGGUUCCCAUAUAGAAAACUGGCAUUCCAUCCUGAGACAUGGCCUCAUCAACGCUUCAGGUACCAAGCACCAGCUCCAUGGUGCUGCAUACGGCAGUGGGAUCUAUCUCAGUCCCAACUCCAGUGUGUCCUUCGGUUACUCCUGCAUGGGCCACGGGAGUCACAAGGCUGCCAGGAACAAGGCUCUGCUGGUGACCCCCCAUCGGAAAGGGUUCCUGCAAGGCUGCAAGGCCCUCGGGUGUACAAAUCAGACUACUGCAGCAUCAGAGAAGACUGGCAAGAAAGAAAAUACUAAACGUUUCUUAGAAAGUGACAACUUGACAUGCAUAGCACUCUGUGAAGUGAUCCAUUCCAAGGAGCUCAGAAAACACAACAACAUCUGGGUGGUGCCUAACCCUGACCACGUGUGCACAAGGUUCUUCUUUGUGUAUGAAGAUGGGCAGGUGGGGGAUUCCAUGGUGGACACCACACAGGAGAAGUACCAGAAGGAGAUACUCAGGGCCAUCGGCAACAUGACCGCCACCGACUGACCUUCAGAACAAGGUCGUUCAUCAGAACAAGGUCGUUCAUGUAGCAGGGUAGAGCCAUGCUGGUUUCAGGCAAUCUUUUCCCAAGCAGUGUCGUUUUAUCGAUUUUUGUUUAGUUUCAUAAGUGUUGAAUCUAAAAUAAUAACUGCUGUUGCAGAAUAUUAUUAGACUUACAUGUACAUUGAGAGUUUGGGUCAUAAUACA